AUACUGUUGUGUGAGUGCCUCCAACUGUUCUGUUAUGUCCAGGUGUAGUGUAUCUCUCUUCCUAUAUACAAUACCGGUUCAAAGCUGCGUUCUUCACGCUAUCCACGUCAGCGGAAAUUUUUUUAGCUACUCGAUUGUGGAUCAACGGCUCACAUAUCUCUGAAGACUACUCCCUCGUUACCUUCGCUGCUUCUGGAAAUUUCCUCUCCUCAGUCCUCACACAGUCAAACUUCCAUCUUGUCCCUCAUCCUUGCUCCCUCCGCCGCGUCUUCCGUCUCGAGCACUCCAGCAGGUCAUAUUCGUCCUCUGCUGAAGACAAAAUUCGUGAGGAAAAAUAGGUGCGAAUUUAUGGGAACUACUUUGACAUGGACCCCGUAAAUCCAAACAGCCACAGAAAGCGGAAUUAUAACAAUGCAUGCUACGCCCCAUCAACUUUAUCUCAUGCAGAAGCAAGGCGUAUACGUAAGCGAGUGCUAGAUCAGCGAAAACUAGCAUUAGCAGGAUCCAGCAUGCCCUCUCAGCAUACUCCCACAUUGCAAUGCGGACACUUCGAUCCAGAUUUUGUAAAAACGAUCAAAGGUAAAUUAUGAUAAUUAGUCAAUCCAUUAAUUAGUUAAUGUUGCUAAGAAGAUAACUACACAACAAAUAAUAAUACUAUUUAAGAAUCGUAAGGUUAGAACGAAAGAUGUUUUGUUAAUAAAUUCUUACUGGCCUUUUCUUAAUUUCCUUCAUUAUUUCUAUACAUGGUGACGAAAUUUGCAGCUUCAUACCAUGAUCGAUCGUAUUAUGGAAGACCAUCAUACCAAUGUAUUCAUUGCUCCGCACUUUUUUGGCACGGCGAGAGAAUAAGGUCAUCUGUGGGAACACGAUCCGUCAUCUACAAUAGUUGUUGUAAAGGUGGUAAAGUCCGCAUACCUGCUUACAGACCCAGGCCUGAACCAUUAUUAUCAUUAGCAAGGUUUGAUGGCGAUGUGGUUUCAAAGACCUUCAUGCAAAAUAUAAGGCAGUACAAUUGCUUGUUUGCAUUUACAUCUAUGGGCGCUCAUAUUGAUAGAUCAUUGAAUGAUGGUCGCGGCCCACCAGUCUUCAAGGUAUGUGGUCAGAUCCAUCAUCGAAUAGGCUCACUACUACCAAUGACCGACCAGCCCCCCAAAUUCCUUCAACUUUAUGUAUAUGAUACAUCACAUGAGGUAAACAAUCGAAUACGGUCUUUAUCAAGUGACGAUGCUCCUGAUUCUCCUAUACAGCCACAGAUUGUUAAUGAACUAUUACAAAUGUUGGACACCCAUAAUCCUUUUGCUAAAAAAUUCAGAAUUGCUAAGGAAAGGCUUACUGAACACGCAGAUGAGGAAUUUAUCAUCAGAAUAAUUGGAGCCAAAGAAGGAGAUCCCGUACAAUAUGACAUGCCAACAACUGAUGAUUUAGCCAUGCUUGUUAUCGGUGAUUUCUCCCUCGAAACCUUUAAACGGGACAUUAUCAUAGAAACCAGAAAUUCUGAAUUGAAACGUAUUUCAUCGUUACAUCCGGCUUAUAUGGCCCUUCAAUAUCCACUCCUAUUUCCUUAUGGAGAGCGAGGUUUCCAAGUUGGUGUCAUGUAUAGCGGGAUACAAAAUAAACAGCCAAAUUCAAGAAUCCAUAUGACAAUGCAAGACUACUAUUGCUAUCAAUUUCAUUAUAAGCCUGGCAACCCAAUCCAUUUCUCUCUUAUGGGAUAUUAUCAAAUCAAGCUAAGGUCGAUGCUCGUGCCUGCAUUGAUGAAAAUAGGCUUACUUACAUUCUGAAUAAUCAGGACAAAUUAAGAAUAGAAAAUUUACAAGGUAUAUCAGAUGCUGUUAGUAGAGGUUGCAUAAACGGGGAAGAGAUGGGGAAAACAAUUGUGCUUCCAGCAUCGCAUAUCGGUGGAAGACGAUACAUGAUACAAAACUAUCACGACAGCAUAGCUAUCUGCAGAGUUCAUGGCCCACCUGACUUCUUCGUAACUUUCACAUGUAAUGCAAAGUGGCCUGAAAUUAUUGAGAGUCUUUACCACUGUGGACAAAAAAAUUCUGACGCACCUGAUAUUGCGAUAAGAAUAUUCCAUAUGAAAUUACAAGAACUGCUACAUGAUAUAAAAUCUGGAAACAUAUUUGGACCAUGCAAAGUAUGGAUCUAAGCUAUAUCAGUAAGCACAAAGCCCUUCCACACUGAAUUGCUAAGCUGUACAUAGGGAGCACCGCUGCUUCACCUUCACCGCCGCAACAAUCUGGGUCAGAACCUGUUCAGGAAAACUCAAAACAGUCAGCACCCAGCAACUGCACGUCAUAAGCUCAAAGUCCACAUAAUAGUAUUUACACUUGCUGGUUUACCAAGUUUAACUGCUGCUAUCAGCACGGCUAUUAUCCAGUAUGCUAUAUAGGGAUAUUCUGCUCCUAGACCAUAUGAAACAAAUAUUUUGUUGAAGUUUUGGAUGCCAUUUUUUCUUACAAAUGAAAGCACAUCCAACUUUAGUUGGCUGUUCUGCUAUCGACUACAUCCCUUUUUUGUUUGAAUGCGCAGCUUGCUAGGAUAUCUUUUCUUUCUUCCUUUCAGAGGCCAUAGGAUUGCAUGCAGCAUGUUGCAGUCUAGUAGAAUGAUCUCAUCAAGUUUCAGCACUAUCAUUGCACUGAGAUCCAGCCUCUUCACAGCUCAUCCUGAGAUAUCAAGGCUCACGAGCUCAUUGAAUGAUCCUGUCAAGAGUACAUUCUCUAGCUUAGCACACCCAGCCAAUGAGAUCUUCUCUAGUCCAGCACAUCCUUGAUGAAUGACGAUGGUCUCCAGGCUGCAGCUUUUUUCUGUGGCAGAUAUGCAACUCUUUCCACUAAUUAUUUCGUUAUUACCAGAGAGGUCAAGAAACCGCAAGCUUUUCGACCCUGCCAACAAGUCAUCUUUCCAGAGAGUUGUACCACAUUGAAUUGUAGACUUUGCUACUCCAAGUUUGCAAAUAUUAGGAAGCUGCCCCUGUAACUGGCGUAUGUCCCAAUCCUUGGCUCCGAUCACAUUUAGCACCCUCAGCUGAGUCAUGAACUCUAGCAUCCGUCCAAACAAGAUCUGAUCACAGCAUGUGUAGCGCACAUCCAGCACCCACAGCCUUUGGAAGCACUGCUGGAUGCCAUCUGCCUCCCACAUCUGUGCCGCUCCAUCUAGGCCACUCUCUAGCAUGUCCUGGCAAUGGUCGAGCCAUAGGAAUCUAAGGCUUUGGUAGCACAGGAAUGGAGGCAAUGAGAAGCUAAAUGUGCAGACACCAAACAAUCAUGCAGCCCAAUGAAUCGAUUCCGGCCGUAUGACUGGCUGGAUGGUCUAUCUCACACAAACAUGCAUGCAUGCACGCUGUAAAAAGCUGGCCCAGUACUACGGCCCAAUGUGCUGCUGCCUGCCACUCAAACAAUUCAAUGUGCAGCCACGAGCUUGCAACCAUGAGUUUCCUGGCAAUGGUCCCUUUUUUUAACUAUCAAAUAUAUGUAUGUUAUUCCAUGUCAGUUUAGUGAUGUACGACUGAGAUAGGUUAUGGCAACAUAUGCCAUAUAAUAGGAAAGACAG